UUUAAUAAUAUGAGUGAUUUGGUCACUACUUUAUUCAAGUUUUACUGCUAUGUUUGUUUCCUCAAGCUGAUCUCGAAUUUGUGAACUCAUCAUACGGUCGAUGGCCUCCACCGCUAGAUUCUCCGGCUCGUCAGUAAUCAGCAACACAACAACCGCCAAUAGCUUCUUCGCCGAGUCAUCUUUCGAUUACACGGCGGCGGAUUUUCACACAGCAACGGAGGUUAAACCGCUGCAACUGCUCUCCAACUGCCUCGAAUCCGUCUUCGAUUCGCCGGAAACUUUCUACAGCGACGCCAAGCUAGUUCUCGCCGACGGCAAGGAGAUAUCCUUCCACCGCUGCGUUCUCUCGGCGAGGAUCCCGGUUUUCAAGACCGCGUUAGCCGCCGCCGCGAAGGACAGAAAAUCCACCGCCGUGAAGCUCGAGCUUAAGGAGAUCGCGAGGGACUACGAAGUCGGUUUCGACUCGGUGGUGACUGUUUUUGCUUACGUCUACAGCGGCAGAGUAAGGCCGUCGCCGAAGGGAGCUUCCGAUUGCGUCGACGAGGACUGUCGCCACGUGGCUUGCCGGCCGGCGGUGGAUUUCAUGGUGGAGCUUCUCUACUUGGCUUUCGUUUUCCAGAUUCCCGAAUUAGUUACUCUCUAUGAGAGGCAAUUCCUUGAUAUUGUAGACAAAAUUCUCAUAGAAGACCUCUUGGUGAUAUUCAAGCUUGCUAAUAUCUGUGGUAAAACAUACAAGAAGCUUUUCGACACAUGCGUAGAGAUUCUCGCCAAGACUGAUGUAGAAAUCGUUACUCUUGACAAGUCUUUGCCCCAACACAUUGUCAAACAAAUCGUAACCAUACGCAAAGAGCUCGGUCUAGAGCCACGGAAGCUAGACAAACACGUCACGAAUAUAUACAAGGCACUUGACUCAGACGACGUUGAGCUUGUCAAGAUGCUUUUGAAAGAAGGACACACCAAUCUAGACGAAGCGUACGCUCUUCAUUUCGCUGUCGCGCACUGCGAUGUCAAGACCGGGUUUGACCUCAUAGAUCUUGAGCUCGCGGAUGUCAACGUUAGAAACCCGAGGGGAUACACGGCGCUUCACGUCGCUGCGUUGCGUAACGAGCCAAAGCUUAUUGUGUAUCUGUUGACGAAAGGUGCAAAUGCAUCGGAAACAACGUUUGAUGGUAGAACCGCUUUGGUGAUUGCGAAACGACUCACUAAAGCAGCUGAUUAUAAUACUAGUACGGAGCAAGGGAAAGUCUCUAUGAAAGGUGGUUUAUGCAUAGAGGUGCUAGAGCAUGCGAGCAAGCUAGGUCGGUUUCCUAGAGAAGAUUCACCUUCUCUUCCAGUGACUCCUGAUGAACUGAGGAUGAGGUUGCUCUAUCUUGAAAACAGAGUUGCACUAGCUCGAAUUCUAUUUCCAGCGGAAGCACAAGUGAUAAUGGAUAUCGUCAAACUGGAGGAAACUCGCGAGUUUACAGCUUCUAGCCUCGAGCCUGAUCAUCUCACUUGUGCAAAGAGGACAUCGCUGGACCUAAACAUGGCACCUUUUGUAAUCCGAGAGGAGCAUUUGUGUAGACUAAGAGCGCUUAUGAAAACAGUUUCACUUGGGAAACGCUACUUCCCACGGUGUUCGCUAGAUCACUUUAUGGACACGGAGGACUUGAAUCAUCUGGCUUGCGUAGAAGAAGACACUCCUGAGAAACGGCUACAGAAGAAGCAAAGGUACAUGGAACUACAAGAGACUCUGAUGAAGACCUUUAGUGAGGACAAGGAGGAAUGUGUAAAGUCUCCCACUUCGAGAUCAAUGAGGUCUAAUGGUAAACUCUCUCAUCGGCGCCUAAGGGUGGUAGACAAACGGGAUUUCGAGAAAAGACCUUGCGGAAACUAAAAUGAUGUCUCUUAUGCGUCGACGAGAUUUUUGCCCACCCUUAUGGUCCCCUGUGAGACUCUUCGGGUAAGUUAAGUUGUAUAUUCAAACUAUACAUCCUGUGUAUACUAGCUGCCUUCGUAAGUUUUGACCUUCACUUUGCAUCCUGUGUAUACUAGCUGCAGAUGUAUUUCAAAUAGAUGUUGUAAUUUUUAACCAGUGAUAUAGAUAUGUAUAGAUUAUAUAUUAAUGUUUUCGCUGAUAUAUGAAAUUU